GAAGAAGAAGAAGAAUGGAGGCUGAGUAGAAUCGUAGCUAGCAAGGAUUAGCAGUUUCUUCACGGAGGUAACCACAGCAACAGCUUUUUGUAUUUGACAGUAACUUCGAAACUUAUCUUACUGCGCGUUUUUUUGCCAACACUGCCACAAGGUCCGUGGAGCACUCCCUCCUGAAAUGUCCCAAGUUUAGAAAAGGAAAGGUUUUGACCUCCUUGAUAUAGAGCUGAGAAGCUUCCUAAUAAGGACAGCUGAAUCCUCACUAUCACCCUGGGGAGUAAAGAUGGAGGAGGACCAUGUCCACUGUGUGUCGUGUGUUAGCCAGAGGUGUACGGUCAGACCUGAGCCUGGUGUUAGCUGUGAUCUCAUCUCCUGUCCUCUAGUAUGUGGGGCAGUAUUUCACUCCUGUAAAGUGGAUGAGCACCACCUUUUGUGCCCGCUGGUGAGGGUCCCGUGCCUAAACAGUGGCUAUGGCUGCCCUGCAACCCUGCUGCGCAAUCAGAUGUUCGCACACCUUGAAGUGUGUCCGGCUGGAGUUGUUUGCUGCACCAUGGAGUGGAACAGGUGGCCCGUGAGCUGCCUGGACUACAUGUCCUAUGAGAGUCUGAGCCGAGGGGUGGAGGAGGCGGAACAGCUGGACAUGGCACUUGCACUGCAGGACCAGCGUACGUUGCUGGAGUCCCUGAAGGUGAUUGCCAUGACGCCUACAGCAGAGAGAGAGCUGCUUGUUCCUGUAAAUAAAGACAACAGGAUGACAGACUCGGCUUUGCUUGGACCUGCUCCUGAGGCCUCCAUCUUUAUUGAGUCAACUACACAGUUAUUAUCCUCACCUCAAGUUCCCCCUGCAGGCUCAGCAAAGGAGAAAAUAGCCAGUGGAAUAAAUGGCUUGAAUGAGGAGCACUUUGGUAAACUUUAUGAGGCCACAGUUGAGACUGCGAGGAGCUUACGUGCUGCUUUAGACUUUGUCAAUAUUGCCAACUCAGAGUGUGAAGAAAAAGACAGUACUGUGGAGAAAAGUAGAAAUGGAAACCAUCAGAAUGGACAGGAGGAAAAAACCUCUUUAGUUGCUGAAGAACUGUAUCAAAAAAAGAUGGAAGAACAGAGUGUUUGCUCCAGUUGCUUGAAAGAAAACAGAGCUUUUAAAGAACCAGAUGGUAAGAUUUUAAACACAACUAAUGGACCAGUGUCUGAUGCUGUAGAUGUCUCUCUUGCUGAGGGGCAAAAGGAAGUGAAUGCAGGAGUCGCCCCUCCAAUGAUAGCUCCAGUUCACAUCAGCCAGGGUGUGGCACAGAGGGCUAGUCAUGUCGUCCUGGAAGAAAGGGGGUUAGUCUUUUUGGACAACCCUGGAGCAGAGCGCAAGUUCAACAACUAUCAGAUUUUUAGGGGGCAGAGCCAUGGUUCUUUAUUUAAUGGACAGAUGGGUGUCAUCCCAAACAGGUUACUCUAUAGAGUACGACCCAAAAUGGAAGACAAAGCAGUAGAUACAUCAGAUUUGGAGCAGGAGGAUGAUCCCAUGGGUCUGGGGGAGAUUGAUCUGAUCACAGCAGCCCUGCUUUUCUGUCUCGAGGAGUCAAGAGAGUGUCGAAGGAUCUCUGAUACUGUCUACGUUGAUAGCUUUCGUGUCGACUUUGGCACACAGACUUUCACUUUCCCUGCAGCCAUCUUGGUAACAAACACCCGAGUGGGGGACAUGGCUUCUGCAUCCGCCUGUGACCACGCUGCUCCACAGCUCCCCUACCCCAGCCCUUUCUGCACCCUCCGUCUCGGCCUCGUCCUCGAAGCUUUGGAGGUGGAAGCGGUUCCGCAUAACCGUUACCUCCCUCCUAACCCUCGCUACCAGCACAUGUUCCCGUUUGUCUGCGCCCAGUCAUUCCGUCGAGACCAGUUUGCAUCCCAUUUCACCAACGUCCACGGGGACAUUCAUGCCGGCCUUAAUGGCUGGAUGGAGCACCGCUGCCCCCUGGCUUAUUAUGGUUGCACAUUUUCCCAGCGGAGGUUCUACCCAUCCACUCGGGGAGCCAAAGUGAUUCAUGACAAGCACCUCAGGUCCUUCGGGGUUCAGCCUUGCCCAAGGGCCAAACUUCCAAGUGACUCCAAGUCAGACCAAUUAAGCGGUCUUCCCAUUGAGAUUCUGUGGCACAUAACCGGAUUUCUGGACAGUUUCAGCCUGUGUCAGCUGUCACUGGUGUCACGGACUAUGAGGGAAGUGUGUGCCAGUCUGCUGCAGACUAGGGGCAUAGUGGAACUGCAAUGGGAGCGCAGACAGACCCCUGGUUCUCCUGGAAUGGUGUCAUGGCACAUCAAAAACAAAGUGUGGAGAUUCACCACUGCCUUCAGCCCUGUGUUGUCAUGGGGUUUCACCGACCUCCCCAGCAUGUCAGACCACCUUAAAAAGUGCCCCUUCAACAUAGUGGAGCACAAGACAGAGCCCGUACCUCUUCCUGCCAUGUGUACUGCACGAGACGGACACUCACUGCGGCGUGUCCUGCGUCAUGUUAACCACUGACCAAACACAGCUGAGUUUCACUCCGGUAUUAUGUGGAUGUUGCUGUUUUUCUGUCUUGCAAAACUCCUCUUGUAUUGCAAUAGACUUUCAAAAAAACGCCUUAAUAAAAUAACACCUAAUCUACCUACCACGAUGACAGUCUGUUUUCCCUUUUGUGGAAGGUAACCAAGCAUUUCGAUGUGCAUGGGUUUGUGCUGAAAACGCUCUCUUAUUCUAGUCAGAUAAGUAUAUUUUUGAAGACAAGUAUGUACAACAGAUGUGUAUUAUUCUGUAUGGUUCUCAGAGAACGUGGACAUAAAAUGUUUUCACUAUUUUGCCUUCGCUAUUAGCCAUGGGAAAAGCAGAUUGUUGGUUAUUUUGCAUUUUUCUGUGACGCAGAACUGAUGCCAGCACUUUACACAAGAUUUGCUAAUCCCUCUAAUGUAUACGUGGCACUAAAUGAUUUAGUCUCUGUAUGGUUUCACUCCUAUGCAAGUCUGCUGUCUGUGUUUAAAGAGUGUGGAUAGAUGGACAUAAAUACAAGGACAGCCUGAUAAUGCACUUGAUUUGCUACAAUUUAAUAAAGCCUCU